AUGGAAGAAUUUUUGUACUUUCAAGUGGAUAUCGAUGACCAACGUUCUACGUGACCCGAGGGCGACAGUUACGAGAGUGUUUCGGCCAAGUUCUUCGCCGAAGACGUCAACGGUGUAACUCGACAAGUCGGAGAUGCGUUGUUAAUGGAGAGAUCUCAAAGAAGCGGCCGGGUCGUCAGCAUCGGGAUCGCCCCCUGGGGCAUUGUCGAAAACAAUCAUGAACUAGUCGGACACAACAGAGACGUGCCAUACCACUCCAUAUCUUCCCCGAGAUCGAGGUUCGCCGUACUCAACAACCGCCACGCUUAUUUCCUCUUGGUUGACAACGGGACGGCUGGACGCUACGGUGCGGAAAUUAUCCUAAGGAGGAAGUUGGAGAAGUACAUUUCCAUCCAAAAGCUACAUCCGUGUACGCAUUGCAGUACGCCUGUAGUUUGCCUUGUUAUCGAAGGAGGGACCAACACAAUAAGAGCUGUUUUAGAAUAUGUGACAGAUUCUCCUCCUGUGCCAGUCGUCGUCUGCGAUGGUUCAGGAAGAGCAGCCGACCUUUUAGCUUUCACGCAUAAGUACGCCGUCGAGUCCGAAACGGGCGAGCAGCCACUUUUGGAAAAUAUGAAGGACCAUCUUAUCGAUACGAUUCAAAGGACAUUUGAAGUCGGGCCCGAACAAGGGGAAUGCCUUUAUAACGAGCUUCUACAGUGUACGAGAAAGAAAAAUUUGAUAACAGUGUUUAGAAUCAACGACAGAGAGGAGAACAAUAAUCAAGAAUUCGAUCAAACGAUACUGACGGCUUUGUUCAAAAGCCAGCAUCUUUCGCCAUCGGAGCAAUUAAGUCUUGCACUGACGUGGAACAGGGUGGACAUAGCUCAGUCGGAAAUAUUCAUUUACGGCCAAGAAUGGCCAGCGGGAGCUUUAGAUGAAGCUAUGAUGCAAGCGUUGGAGCACGACAGGAUCGACUUCGUCAAACUACUUCUCGAGAAUGGUGUCAGCAUGAGAAAAUUUCUCACUAUCCCCCGUUUAGAAGAACUUUAUAACACGAAACAAGGCCCGUCCAAUACGUUAGGCUACAUACUUAGAGAUGUCAGGCCGCAUAUCCCAAGAGGAUACGUUUACACCCUCCACGACAUCGGCCUGGUCAUUAAUAAACUUAUGGGAGGGGCAUUCAGAUCGCAGUACACUAGGCGGAAAUUCAGGUUGAUUUACGCGAAAGUGAUGAAGAAAUCGCCCCAUGUCCACAGGAAUAGCUCCUCGUUCAUCCGCUACUACGGCAACACGAACCUCACCCUCAGCUUACUCGCGGAGACUCUUCCAGCGUCUAAGGAGAUGCCCCUGUUCGACUAUCCAUUCAACGAAUUAAUGACUUGGGCAGUGCUAACCAAGCGGCAGGAGAUGGCUUUGCUCAUGUGGCAGCAUGGUGAAGAAGCUUUAGCUAAAGCGCUUGUUGCAUGCAAGUUAUACAAAGCUAUGGCUCAUGAAGCAGCUGAGGAUGACCUAGAAACGGAAAUCUAUGAAGAGCUCAGGAAUUAUGGAAAAGAGUUUGAAACUAUUGGUCUAGAAUUGCUGGAUUAUUCUUAUCGACAAGAUGAUGACCAAACGCAACAGUUGUUAACUUGUGAGCUCCAAAAUUGGAGUGGACAGACAUGCCUUAGUUUAGCAGUAGCUGCCAAUCAUAGGCAAUUACUUGCUCAUCCUUGUAGUCAGAUCAUACUUGCUGACUUAUGGAUGGGGGGACUUAGAACACGAAAGAAUACAAAUAUCAAGGUGAUAUUUGGCCUACUCUUUCCUAUUUAUAUUGCAAAAUUAGAAUUCAAAUCGAAAGAAGAGCUACAGUUAAUGCCACAGACAGAAGAAGAACAUCUUAUUGGUUUGGAAGAAGAAAAUGAAAGUAUGGAGGGAAGCAAGGGGCUGGAUUCCCACAGGAAUACAGAACAUGAUGUUGAGGCACUUGUAAUGGAUGCUCAACUGCGUGAUACAAUCGUAACAGAAAAUGGCCGAGUAAUAACAGACACAAGCAGUAGUUCUGAUGCAGGAAGUCAGUUUUUACCACUGCCCUUGGACCCUGCAUACUACGACCUAAAACCUACACGACCACUAAGGCUAAAAAGAAAACUUUACGAGUUCUAUACAGCACCAAUUGCAAAAUUUUGGGCUCACUCUAUCGCAUAUCUUGCAUUCCUGUUUAUCUUCAGUUUUGUUGUACUUGUAAGGAUGGGAACUACCCCAACCUGGCAAGAAAUGUACUGCAUUGCUUACAUUUGUACAUUAGGUUGUGAAAAAAUAAGAGAAAUAGCUUCAUCUGAACCGGUUGCAAUAAGCCAUAAAUUUUCAGUUUGGGCCUGGAAUAUGUGGAAUCCGUGUGAUGCAGUCGCCAUAAUUUUCUUUCUAAUAGGGCUGUCUUUACGUUUAAAACCAUCAUCUAUGGAUGUGGGCCGAGUUAUGUUCUGUGUAGACAUCAUAUAUUGGUACCUUCGAAUCCUAAACAUUCUUGGUGUAAACAAAUAUUUAGGUCCAUUGGUUACAAUGAUGGGGAAAAUGGUUAAAAACAUGAUAUACUUUGUCGUAUUAUUGCUUGUUGUAUUAAUGAGUUUCGGUGUUUGCCGUAAAGCAAUUUUAUUUCCUGACUCAGACGCAAGUUGGACAUUAGCAAAGGAUGUUUUUUUUCAGCCAUACUUCAUGUUGUAUGGUGAAGUGUUUGCAGAUAGUAUCGAUCCUCCAUGUGGAGAUGAACCUGGAAUGGAACCAUGUCAAACUGGCCGUUGGAUUACAGUUGUGGUUAUGUCAGUCUACCUUCUAGUCGCUAAUAUAUUAUUGAUUAACCUGCUUAUUGCUGUUUUUAAUAAUAUAUUCAUAGAAGUUAAUGCUGUAGCACAUCAGGUUUGGAUGUUUCAAAGAUUUACUGUUGUCAUGGAAUAUGAACAAAAACCUGUUCUCCCUCCACCAAUGAUAUUUUUAAGUCAUAUUUACUUACUGGUUAAAUUCUUAAGGAGAAAAGUUCAAGGUGUACAAGAAACUUACGAUAAUGGACUGAAGUUAUUUCUAGACUCAGAGGAUUUAGAAAGACUUUAUGAUUUUGAGGAGGAAUGUGUCGAAGGCUACUUCAGAGAAAAAGAAAGCAAACUGCAUCAGUCGACAGAAGAAAGAAUUAAACAAACAACCGAGCGAGUUGAAAAUAUGUAUCAAAAAAUUGAAGAUAUUAAUCAAAAGGAAAAUAGUCAGAAUUCAUCUUUGCAGACUGUCGAAUUUCGCAUUCGUAAAUUGGAAGAACUUGCAGAACAAACAUCUUCAGCACUGUCUGUUAUUCAUCGCUUUAUGUCGAUUCACAGCAAAGUUGACCCUCCUGAUUUCCCACCGUCUGAACAUGGAAGAACAAGAAGAGCCAGUGAACAUUCUGAACCAGAAAUGUCUGAUAUUUUUGACAGACCAAGAAGGAAGGGGCCUCCAGUUAGAGCACUGACAGAAAUAAGAUCCGAUUACUUUGCACACGAUCCUCCUCAUUUCGCACAUUCUAGGUUAACGAUGCAGAUGAGAAGUGAUACAAUGAAACCUAUUCACGACAGUGAAUCAGACACCAAAACACAAAAUAUCUCUGAAGCUAGUAAUGAGGAAGAAGCUGCUGUAGAAUGUACUCCUCACGGAAGCCAAGAAAGUUCUCUCCUACUUCCAGUUCAAAGACAAUUGUCUCAAACUCACUCUGAACCCGAUGCGGCUACAGGUGAGUUAUCAGGUCGCCACAUAGCUCUUGUCGAGCGUUCAGUCACUUGGGCAGAGCCCCGGAUCAAAGUCAUCCCACCGGCAUCACAUGCUAGAUCAAUGCUAAUGGCAAUGCACACAGAAUAUACUAGCAUUACAGAUGAACUAGAAACUGUUUGCGGUUUACUUAGUCCACCAAAAUCACCCAGUUUAUUAACACCUCCUAGACGGGGGGAUCGUGAAACUCGACGAUCUCGCCACCAUUCAGAGAUGUCUAAUCCUGAAAUGGCUCGGUUUUUGGAAAAAGAGCAUUUAAAAGAUGCAGAAGACAAUGAUUAUCAGAUGAUGGAAGGGUUAUUACAAAGAAGAUUAAAACCUACAGACGAUGAUAAAUUUCAAAACAAUGCGUUUUUCUUAGCAACAACACCAGAAUUAGAAAGAUACCAGUGUCGAUUGCGUCGUUCGAGUGCCAUUGAAGGUGAUUUACCCACUCCACAGUUAUCAACAUCAAUAACGCCCAUUGCACAAAGUCCAGUAGAAAGCAACAAUGAAGCAUUUGGAGAAGCAGAAGAUGAAGCUAAAGAUGGUACGGACACAAGCAAUACAGAUGGCCCUGACCAUGAUAACAUGAGUGUUGAUGAGGCCCAACAAGAAAGGAGACAAUCAUCCUCAUCAUCUAGAUCAGUAUUUUCAACCAACCAAUUGUCAAAAAAUGCACAAAAAGAAGUUCAGCUGUAAAGGGUAGCAUUUAAAAAUUAAUAUUUGAUAUCUCCAAAGGUACCAAGGCAUUUUGUAAAAACAAAUUUUACUAUUCUUUAAA